GUAGCGCGCGGGGCGCAGCGGGCGCGCGGGUGAGCGGGGACGCGCGGCGGAGAGGCCUGCGCGCCAGGCUGCGGGAGCCAUGCGGCGGGCGAGAAGCGGCGGGGCGACCAAGCCACGCGGGCAGAAGCGGUCGGGGACCUCCAGGGCCCCCGCCUCGGCUCCUAGUGCCGACCGCGCACGGCGGCCCGCGGUCCAGGCCGGGGGCGGGAGCCGGGCGGCGGCGAGGCAGCCCGCGGCCAAGCGACGGUCGCCGCCGGCGCAGGAGGCGGGCCCCGGGGAGCCGCCGCCGGUGCCGCCGUUGCCCCCGCCUCCGCCCGCGGCGCUCGCGGCGUCCGAGCUGGACCUGGGCGAGCAGCGGGAGCGCUGGGAGACCUUCCAAAAGCGGCAGAGGCUCAGCUUCGAGGGCGCCGCCAAGCUGCUGCUGGACACUUACGAAUACCAGGGCCUGGUGAAACACACAGGAGGCUGCCACUGUGGGGCCGUGCGCUUUGAAGUUUGGGCUUCGGCUGACCUGCACAUCUUUGACUGCAACUGCAGCAUCUGCAAGAAGAAGCAGAACAAACAUUUCAUUGUCCCGGCCUCUCGCUUCAAGCUUCUGAAGGGAGCCGACAGCAUCACCACGUACACCUUCAAUACCCACAAGGCGCAGCACACCUUCUGUAAGCGCUGCGGCGUCCAGAGCUUUUAUUCUCCCCGCUCCAACCCUGGAGGCUUCGGGAUUGCCCCCCACUGCCUGGACGAGGGCACCGUGCGCAGUGUGGUGGUGGAGGAGUUCAAUGGCAGCGACUGGGAGAAGGCCAUGAAGGAGCAUAAGACCAUCAAGAACAUGUCCAAGGAGUGAGCUCCCGCACCUCCUGCCCAGGAAGGGCCUACGGCCUCUGCAGUCUGCUCCUGCCACCGGUGUCUUCAGGCAGCUCUUGUCCUCCCCUAGCUCAGAUUUUGACAUAGGCUAGUUGAUACCCUUCUGUCCCCCUUCCUGACUUUUGUGCGAUCUUCUAGAGAAAUAAAUAUUUUUAACAUUAAA